GAGAUAUACGACGAUCCAAAAUUUCACAACGAAUCGGUGGUGGGUGUUUAUGGCCUCUAUAAACCUAGUUUGUUGAUACGUGAUCCAGAACUCAUCAAGGCCAUACUUAUUAAAGAUUUUGAUAAGUUUUGUAAUCGUUAUUCGAAGCCAGAUCCCCAUACCGAACCAAUUGCUGCGAAUAAUAUUUUCUUUGGUGACUAUAAAUUGUGGAAAGAAAUGCGUUCGAAAUUCUCGCCCAUGUUUUCGGGAGGAAAACUUCGGGCCAUGUAUCCUCUUGUGAUGGGUGUGGCUGAAAAUAUUGGCGAUCACCUAAUGAAGCAGGGUCAUGUGUUCUCUAUGGAAGUGAAGGGUUUAUGUGCUCGUUACACCACCGAUGUAAUUGCCACCACCAUUUUUGGUUUCUCUUCAAAUUCCAUAGAAAAUCCUCAGGAGGAAAUUUAUAUUCAAACCCGAAAAAUCGCUACAUUUGAUUUGGGGAGAGCUGUGCGUAUCGCUAUUAUAUUUUUUGCCCCGAAAAUGGUACGCUUGUUUGGUGUGAAGUUUUUUGAAAAGAACUGUAUUGACUUCUUCAGAAACUCUUUGAGAUAUAUUAUCAAGGAGAGGGAAGAAAGUGGCCGCACUCGUAAUGAUUUCAUCGAUAUUGUUAUAAAACUAAAAGAGGAAAUGAAUGAAGAUCCACGAUCUUUUAUGGAACUUAUGCAUUCCCAGGCCAUCGUUUUUCUGGCAGCUGGCUAUGAAACCUCCGCCACCACAAUAUCAUUUGCUCUCUUCGAAUUGGCCAGGCAUCCGGAAAUACAAGACAAACUACGCAAGGAAAUUUUGCAAGCAUUCAAGGGAUCCAAAGGGAAGCUUUCUUAUGAGGAUUUUAAUGCCAUGGAAUAUUUGGAUAUGGUCGCCAAUGAAACCCUGCGAAUGUAUCCGGUGAUACCAAUACUAGAACGGAAAUAUGGUAAAGCGGAGGGUAAUUCUGCGCCCUAUUCUCUGAUGCCGUACUGCGAUUAUGCCAUACCUGAGGGAAUGCCGAUUUAUAUAUCCGUCUUUGGGCUACAUUAUGAUGCCAAGUAUUGGCCCAACCCGAAGCAAUUUCAACCGGAUCGAUUUUCGCCGGAAAAUAAAGGUUUUAUAAAUCCCAUGGCGUAUUUACCAUUUGGUAAUGGCCCCCACAAUUGUGUGGGCAGUCGUUUGGGUCAAAUGCAAACCAAGUGUGGACUUAUUCAGAUCCUUAAGAACCAUCGUGUUCGGGCAUGUGAUCGUACCACACAGCAACUUGAUUUUGAUCCCAAGGCCUUUGUUUUGCAGCUGAAGGGAGGCAUGCACCUGGAAUUUGUCAGAGAUGAUAUGUGUGAUAAUAUUUAA